AUGAAGGCGAUCAUCAAGCCGCAGUACGUCGACCACAUCCCGCGCGCGGUCAAGGGCAAGGUUGGCGACAUCAUCAAGCGGAAGGAUGAGCGAGACGCGCUGGAGGAGGCGCUCGCCGCCCGUUCGGACCUGCGUGCACAAGGAGCGCUCGACUUUCUCGACCUGCGAAACGUGCUCGAGCGGAACGUGGAGGCGUCGCCACCUCGCCGAGAGAUCGCCGAGAGCGGCGCGUCGCACCACCCCUCCACGGCCUCGGAGCUGACCCCUCGGCUGGGUGCGCGCCAGGACCUCUCGGGAGGCGAGCUGCAGCGGUUCGCCAUCGCCAUCGUCCUCGUCCAGCAGGCGGCCGCCUGCCUCGGCCGACGCGCCGCCCCCGAGAGUUGGUCGGGGUCAUCGUUGACGGCCGUCCAUCAGGCCGACGUCUACAUGUUUGACGAGCCCUCCUCGUACUUGGACGUGAUGCAGCGGCUGAAGGCGGCGCGCGCCAUCCGGUCCCUCCUCACGAUCCAGACGUACGUCAUCGUGGUGGAGCACGACCUGUCCGUCCUCGACUACCUCUCCGACUUCAUCUGCUGCCUGUACGGCGAGCUUGCUCUAGUGUCGGCACAUAGCCGCGUGGACGCCUGCAAGCCCUCACACACCGGGGGCAUCCCCGGCGCGUACGGCGUGGUGACGAUGCCGUUUGGCGUGCGCGAGGGGAUCAACAUCUUCCUCGGCGGCUUCAUCCCCACCGAGAACUUGCGCUUCCGGGACGACGCCCUCACCUUCAAGGUGUCGGAGAACGCGGAGCAGGAGGGCGGCAAGGAAGGGCGCGGCGCGGGCGAGUGCAGCUACCCGGCCAUGACAAAGACGCUCGGCGCGUUCACGCUGCACGUCGAGGCGGGCUCCUUCUCACGCUCCGAGAUCUCCCCGUCCCUCCCCGCGGGCUCCUUCUCCGGCUCUGAGAUUCUGGUCAUGCUCGGCGAGAACGGCACCGGCAAGACGACAUUCAUCAAGAUGCUGGCCGGCCACCUCGCCCCCGACGGAGAGGCGGCGUCGCAGGCGCAUCUCCCCGCGUCUCCCCGCAUCUCCCCGCGUCUCCCCGCGCCCCUUCGCGUCUCUUCGCGUCUCUUCGCGUCUCUUCGCGUCUCUUCGCGUCUCCCGACGGAGAGGCGGCGUGGGCAGGUGCCCAAGCUGAACGUGUCGUACAAGCCGCAGAAGAUCGCGCCCUCCUUCGACGGCACGGUGCGCGAGCUGCUGCACAAGAAGAUCCGCGAGGCCUUCAUCCACCCGCAGUUCAACACGGACGUGAUGAAGCCGAUGCUCAUCGAGCGGUUGCUCGACCAGGAG